GAGCCUCUCUACAGCUGCAGCUUCAGUUCGGACCACACUGAAUCCGCUUCUCUGUUAAGGUCGUUAUCACAUCAGUCAGAUAGUUUAGCAAGUGAAACAGCUAUGGCACCUGAGUCAGACCUUUAUAUCUUUGAAAGUGAGACAGAGAACUUCAUCCUGACGCCUAAUGUUGAUCCACAGGAGAUUAAAUGCCCUGAAUACCAGCCAUUAUCUCAAACAGGUGGAAAAAAGGCAGACUGUGAUACACAUGUCCUGAUGUGUGAUUCAGAAAAUAUGAUGACACAAUGUCACCACAGCUCUAGUGAGGAACAAGCUAUGCUGGACUAUGAGUCAGACGUGAGCCAACACAAGAGGCCAAGUCCACCUGCUGUGGAUGCCUGUGAGGCAGGCUUGGUGUCAGUAAAUGAUGCUAGACGAGGGAAAGCAGAUGUCAUUGAUUUAAUCCCGCAAUUACAGCGCAGCAACAGCCCCAUUGAACUGUGGGUGGAUGCAUGUCAGUAUCUAGCAAGUGAAGAUAAAGAAGAUAGGGACAAAACAGGUCAUUCUGUGUUGCAAGGAGGCCCCACAGCCACCAAUGACUUGUCUUUUUCCACAAGAGAGACACAAGUGUCAGGUUACAAACUUGAUGGUAGUGAAGGGAUUGGCUGGUCUGACGAUGACACUAUAGGUUGGGGGGCACCAGUUCAGAGGUGGUCAUCAGUAGAUAGCUGGGCAAGCGCACUGUCAGACUGGACUGGGAUCAUCACAGCUCCACCAGAGGACCUUACGGCUGCCUUCACAGAGAUAGGGGCUGAGAUAGAUGCUUUGAGACAGGCACUAGAAGAGGUAAACACUCAUAUAGACAAAGAGACAUCUAAAGACGGAGAGGAUCAAGAGCCAGCAGUGCGGGCACAGUCGCAGCCACUCAUGGGUGUCCAGGAUCAUCCUCUAAAGGCACAGAACCUCUCAGAGAGCGCCGUCCUCACUGGGCAGAGCUGUCUCCCUCUGUGCCUUGAAGCUACAAGACAUGAGCUCCAAGACAGAGAGGGUUCCCAGAGCAUCCAAUCCCUGUGUGAUACACCACCUACCACACAAGGAGAAAAGGAGCCAGAAGAAAACCAGAGCAGGGAGGCUGAGCUGCCUGCGUGCCCCACACAGCAGUGCGCAUCCAUGGGAUCAUCCAGUGCUACAGUGGCCUCUCCUGGAGGAUACAGUGUAGAUGUGAUCCCUGGGCCCGCUUCUCCUGCUGAUCUGGACCUUUCUCGUUUUGGUGGAUAUGUUGAGUCCUUCGAGACAGACAUUUUCAUCAGCACCAAUGAAGACCCAAUAAUACUGAAAAUAACAGAGGAUACAGAUUUGGAGGGACAAAAUACCCUCGCAGAGAGAAUAACUGAGGAGCCCUUUGCAGAUGGACUGCGUGAAGUGACAGGUGAACAUGCUAUCCCCCAGCCUGGCUUGGUGGCAGAGCAGGAAGCUGAAAGGCCAGUUGAGGUUGAUCUUGAAACAACUGAAAAUUCGACAGAUCUUCAUUUCCUAACGACACACAAUCCGACAGAUUCACACGUGCCAGGUGUGGACACACAGCCUGGCCUCCAUAUAAGUGUUCCCACACACGUGUCGUCUGACACUUCACCAGACCUUGACAGAGGAUGUGAGUUGGAGCCACAGUGGGGAAGUCCCAAGUUUAUUAUGCCCUUAGCUCCCCUCGGCAUCGAUUCCUCCCUCAUCUGUCGGACAAGCAGAAGUUUGAAAGGAGAUCAAACUUGUGUCACAACUUGUGCCAGUGACCUUUGUUGUGAUCACGUACAACCUUGCAUUCCCUGGCCAACCUCAGAUGGGAUUACUGACAAACACUCUCUGGAAGGUGAUGAGGAGCUGUUUCACAAAAGUGAAGAUACAAUAGACUCUGCUGUCCCUUCACCAGAGGGACAUCUGGACUUGAACACUGCAGAGUGUUCCUUUACUGUUAGAAAAACAGUAACUGAGGAGAUUAAUGACCUCAGUAGAGAACUUUCAAACCUGACUGUGAUCCCUGCAGACCAUUUCAUCAUCUCAGAGGAGAAGCACGUUGCAAUUGUUACUUUAGAUUUUGAUGACCCUUUCGUCUCCAGGGCUCCAAAACUCAUCGCCUCAGCCGUACAGUUCAAUCAGGAAACAGCUGAAAAGAUGCCUCACAGAAUUCACAAGUCCACCUCGGAGAGCAAAGCACGCUCCAAAAAGGACAAGUCAGCGGGUCAUCAUCAUGCAUCACUUGCUUCCAGGAAACAGGAGACUUUGUCUCACCAUGUUUCAGCCCAGCAGGUCUGCAAACAGCAAGAAAAUCUUUCUCUUACUGGAGAAAAUCAUACCAGUGAGAACACUUCCACCAGGCUUGAGGACAAGGAAGCGAAAUUGGCGAUUGAGACCGCUGUGGCAACGGAGAAGCCUCCAAGCAAGCCACAUGGCAAGAAGAAAAAGAAACUUGCCCAGAAUGCAGCAGGAGUGAAAAGUGUAGGGGAGCCACUAGUCGAAGUGACGAAUGACGCAAAACCAAAGACUGCCAAAGGAAGGAUUGAUAUGUUUGAGGCCAAGCUGGUUGCUAAAGCUGGGAAAGCUCAAAAAGAUGGUGACCAGUCACGCGAUGCUGAAGCCCAGCAACCAGAGGUGAAAGCUUCCCAUAGAGAGCAACCUCUGCAUCACAAAGAUCAUGAAGACACCCAGACUAAAAAGUUCACCAGUCCUUUGAGCGAAGAUAUCAAAAGACGACGCCUGUCGAAGGAUAAGUUUGGGAGGAUUGUCAGUGUUUUGGAGUCUAAACUUCCGAAGCCAGACGUUUCGAUCCCAGCAAAGGGAGAGGAGCCCAAAGUAGAUGCCGGGGCAACUCCUAAGAAGGCGUAUAGUGAAGUGGUGAAACAGAAAAUCCCACCUAAGGAAGAGCCCAAGGUGGUGAAGUCUAUUCAGGCAGAAGCAGCGAGUGGAGACCCUCAGAGUUUGUGCCUGUGGUGUCAGUUUGCAGCCGUCUUCUCCCGCCACACUGUCACCUGGAGCCGAGACGGCGCCGUCCUAUCGGAGAUCAAGAGAAGUGCAGGGGACGAGAGCAGAGUGUCGCUGAUCAUCUCCAACGCUUCUCACAAAGACUUGGGCAAGUAUCAGUGUCGGCUCACCAGUUUACAUGGAUCAGUCAGCCUGGAUUACCUGCUCACAUAUGAAGUGCUCAGUGAGAUUGUCAUCCCUCCAUCCCCAAAAACCAUCUCAACUGCACCUGCAGAGGUGGGGGCUGAAGAAGAGGAUGUCCAGUGUUCCAGGCUACUGUUCAAAGAGGAUUUCAUAUCUGACCAAUACUUUGGAGAGAACCAACCUGUCAGCAUCAUCACUGAAAAGAUCCACUUUGGGGAAGGGAUGCACCGGCGGGCUUUCAGGACAAAGCUGCAUGGGGGUCAGAUACCCCUGCUACUCCCUGGACACUCCUGUGUGUUGAAAGUACACAAUGCUAUCAGCUAUGGGACCAAGAACAAUGAAGAGCUCAUCAAGAAGAACUUUACACUGGCUGUAGAGGAGUGUCAGGUCCAAAACACUGCAAGAGAAUACAUCAAGGCGUACACCACAGCAGCCCAGUCUGUUGAAGCCUUCGGAGAGAUCCCAGAGAUCAUUCCCAUCUUCCUGGUUCACCGUCCAUCCAAUGACAUUCCUUACGCCACACUGGAGGAGGAGCUGAUUGGUGACUUUGUCAAGUAUUCGGUCAAGGACGGCAAAGAGAUCAACUUGAUGAGACGUGACUCGGAGGCAGGACAGAAAUGUUGUGCUUUCCAGCAUUGGGUCUACGAUAAGACUGAGGGCAACCUGCUGGUUACUGACAUGCAAGGAGUUGGAAUGAAGCUCACUGAUGUGGGAAUAGCCACAUGUAAGAAAGGAUAUAAAGGCUUCAAGGGAAACUGUGCCACCUCCUUCAUUGACCAGUUCAAAGCUCUGCACCAGUGCAACAAGUUCUGUGAAAUCCUGGGCCUCAAAUCCCUGCAGCCCAAAGCUAAAAAGCCUCCAUCUUCUCUGAAACCCAAACCCCAACCUUCUGCUGUACCCAAGAAGAAAACAUUCGGGCCUACGGUGAAGGGCAAGUCCUAAUAGGAGGACGGGUUUCAUUGUUCUUGAAUGUUUUUGGUGGUUUUCUUCUCUCACAGUGGACCUCAUCAAGCAGAAUUUGGUAUGUCAAGAGUGAUCAGAAAGGUGGCCAAAGUUCUGGGCUGCAGCAGGCCAGAUCAUGGAGGAGACAGACGGACAUUUUUGAAUCUGAAGGAAGCUAUCGUCUAUCAACCAGUGACUGUUGUUUCAAAAGAUUUUUUUUUUUUUUUUUUGCUUCUUCUCAUGUUGAACAUUUGAAAGAUAUAUUUUACUUUAGUGAAGAUUUCUGUAUGCAAGAGUAUUUAUAAUCUCCAGGAGGAAACGUUAGUUUGGAGAAAACUGUGACGGAUUUAACAAACACUUGAAAAUGACGAAUUUGUUCUUAGUGGUGAACUGUGAUGUCUUAGAGAUUUCUUUAUUGAUAAGAGAGCAGUUUUUGUUCUUGUUUUUCUACUUCUGUGACGUUUUCAUUAGUUCAUUAAAUUAAUGAACUUGUUAAUUAAUUGAUUGGAAGAAAUGUCUAUCGAGUAGGCUGUAUGAUACAACACAGUACAGGAUGUGUGUUGCUUUAGGUUCAGAUGACAGUAUGAGUGGGUAACUGUCGUGUGUUUGCUUUGCAGAGGUUUCCGAUGAGUGUAUAUUCAGUUUAAUGAUUAUGUUUGUUCAUCAAGUGACUCUGCUGAUUCAGGAUGUGCUCAUGUUUAUAUUCUAAAAGCAACACAAAAACAUUUUGUACACAUAAAGCUCACCUAAAGUAUGCCUUUGAAUGUAUUCACUGAAAAAUGUGAAGAUUUAUUGAUUUAUUAUUUUAUUAUCAGGGGCAGUACUGCUUGUUAGAUUGAUUUCAAAGGUCUGGCAUCAUUUCAAGGAUCUGUAAGCUCCUGCCCAAGUCUGUAGCUCCUCUCCAAGAGCCAGAUAUAGUUACAUAUAUGGUCCAUACGAUCUCAAUAGCAUGCUAGCUAUUUAAUUGCAGGCUCCAACGGUCUCUGUGUAAUAAGCCUCCUACUCUCACUGUUGCCUUUUAAAUCUCUGACCCAAAUUGCUGACAUGGCUCUUCGGGGUGCGGCUACAGCUAGUGUGUGGAUCUUUGUAAUUAAAGAGAUGUUGCUGGCUGAA